AUGGAUCUGCUGUCUUUGCUCAACUCAGCUGUGAAUUUCCUAAUCUAUUGUGCAAUGAGUCGGAAGUUCCGUAACGUUUUCAUCCAGACAUUCCUCUCUUGUCUACCGGAUCCAAUCUAUCGAAAGUUCUUGCAAGAUUGGCCAGCAUUGGCUGAACUGGAGGUAUCACGUCACAAGCCAUCUGGUCUGACUAGUCCCACUAGGAGCGAGCAGCUGGCUCUCACUUCACAUCGAGUCUCAGCAACUUCAAUGGUCAUACAUGCAGCUGCUAAAGAGAGCACAUCGAAGAUGUACACUGGGAAUUUGCUUGCUGUCGAGACUCCUCGACCUAGAUAUAGCUUUGACGCGCACCCUGCAACGGAUUUGAUGGCGAGAAACAGUCUAGAAAUCCAUGAAAUUCGCCUGGUGGUUCCUGACAUAAACAAGGUAGGUGGCAAUUCCCAAUUAAUUUCAGUCAGCCAGAAGCAAGGACUCCUCUCAAAUCCAAUGACAAAGAUCCGUCAACUUUGGGAGGCUGGUGGCAACGCGAUUGAGAGCAGUCCGCAACGCCGAUUAAAACUGAUGAAGUGCGAGACUCAUGGUCAGUACUGA